GAUAACAUGAAAGUACAGACAAAUGUACUUCAAGUCAAACACAAAAAAAACCAAGAAAUGUAAAAAUUUUCACUUCAGCACGUACACGUCAUUUAUAUUUGAAUGUGCUUCAUCUUCCCGCUUCAUAUUUAAUCGAUAGUUAAGUUGAAAAGAAUCGAACCAAUUUGUUCAAGUACAGUGCAUGAUUAAGAAUGAUGAUGCAUGUUAGUGUGAUGUUGUUAGUGGAUAAAUCUAGCCUCUUAUUUGCACUAUUGAUCAUGUUGCCAGGCAUUUACAAACAAAGUCAAGUAACUUUCGUCCAAACUAAGGCGAAGAUAAUGCUCUCCUACCAUUCUCAUUUAAUCUAUAACAACAUAUGCGCUGAUAAGUUUACUUAUCGAUGACGAUAUGGACGCUGCGCCACACUAAACUGUCUUCGAGAGCUUCAACGAGCGUUGAUAGUUAAGUUUUGUUUGCAGCAUAUUUUGUUGUUGCCUCCAGUACCUUGUACAACUGUUGACUUUUGAAUAGUUAGGCUUCAAUUGUAAAUUUUGCUGUUAUUACAGUAGAAAAAAAAACGUCACUUCUUACUCUGAUUUUCUAAAAUACAUUAUAUACUAUAUAUUUUUUAAAUUUUAACUACGACCAAUAUCUGACCUGUCAUAUUUUAUGGAUUAAGUAUUCGCCAACUUCAAUAAUGGCCAAUUUUUGGGAGCGACUCGUCCAACGCUUUCAGAAAGCUUUAAGUGAACCCGGAAUAAUAAACGAUGUGUUGACGAUGGCCGAAAGGAAUACUAAGGUGGACCGGAUCUAUACCGCUUCAGGCGCUAUCGGUUUUCUUGCCGUCUAUUUAGUUUUUGGUUUUGGUGCCCAACUAGUGUGUAACUUAAUUGGAUUCGUUUAUCCUGCCUAUGCAUCGAUUAAAGCAAUUGAAACAAAACAAAAAGAUGACGAUACGAAGUGGCUUACCUACUGGGUUGUUUAUGCAUGUUUCGGCAUUGUCGAAUUCUUUUCGGAUAUCUUACUAUCCUGGUUCCCAUUUUAUUGGCUAGGAAAGUGUACUUUCCUGGUAUUCUGCUUUGCCCCAACCAGAUGGAAUGGGUCUACAAUAAUCUAUCAUAGCGUACAAAAAGGCGCUAUCGGUUUUCUUGCCGUCUAUUUAGUUUUUGGUUUUGGUGCCCAACUAGUGUGUAACUUAAUUGGAUUCGUUUAUCCUGCCUAUGCAUCGAUUAAAGCAAUUGAAACAAAACAAAAAGAUGACGAUACGAAGUGGCUUACCUACUGGGUUGUUUAUGCAUGUUUCGGCAUUGUCGAAUUCUUUUCGGAUAUCUUACUAUCCUGGUUCCCAUUUUAUUGGCUAGGAAAGUGUACUUUCCUGGUAUUCUGCUUUGCCCCAACCAGAUGGAAUGGGUCUACAAUAAUCUGUCAUAGCAUAAUCCGGCCCAGUGUAGAUCGUGUACGCAUCGUCGUGUACGUGUACCGGGUAAAUCAUGUAUUAUACCGUGUAUUUGCCAAACUCCACCCCCUAGUGGGAUGGAUCUUCAAGUGAAGAUGUCGGAAAGAGCCGGAGGAGGCUGGAAAAUAAAACAUAGAAAAAAAUUUUGUUCCACUCCCCCAAAGAGAUGUUAAUCCUGAGGACCUACAGGAAAACAUUAUUUCUGUGAACGAUAGAUGGCGUUUUAGUUCGUGUAUUUAGCGAUAGAUGGCGUUUCUAGUUCGUGUAUUUAGCGAUAGAUGGCGAGCGUUAUCUAUAUUUACCAACAUGGUCUCCACGUACGUACGGAGGGGUCCGUACCAGAAAACGGCACCAUUUCCAGGGUUUUCAUUGGCUCAGUGGGAUGGUCACGUGACCAUCCUUUAAAGCCACGCAGUGGUGGGGGCAUGCACUCUUUUGGGCGAGUUACCAAAAGGACUCCAGGGUAAACGACUUUUGGUUGCAGGUUUCCGACACUUGGACAUCUGGCACACGACGCCAGGACAUCUGCCCAUCGACUUUAGGACUAGUGGUUCCCGACAUUUGGACACACAACAAAAUGUUGCUGAACCCAAAUAGCAGAAUACUCGACCAGUACUCAGCGACGAAAAGACUUCCAGUUAAACGACGAGUGGACUCCCAGGCAAUCGACGUUCGAACUCCCGGGAACUCCUCAUCCAGCGACAAAAGGACUCCCAAUCCAGUGACGCACGGAUUUGCUUAUUUGUUGCAGCUGAAGGAUCGUUAAGAACAUAGGUAUUUUUAAUUGACUAUGAUUAUUGUAUAGAUAUUUGUGCUUACAUUUAUCGACUGGAUAACUUAUUUAUUUUUAUUAUAGAAGAAAUGUUUAAUUACAAUUAUGUAAAUAUUGUACUCUGAAAUGGAACGAACAUGGGUAACCAUGUUUGUUCCAGUCAGACUUCUGACCCUUCUUGUAUUCUGAAAUGGAACGAACAUGGGUAACCAUGUUUGUUCCAGUCAGACUUCAGAACACAAACAGAUUGUAGUUCAAAUGUUAAUGUAUUAAACAACAUAAAUACAAAAUUCUUCGUUCA